GCUACCAGCCUCCCCCCCACCAUCAGCUGAAGGCGCGCCUGAUAGGCACCCCCGAGAGAGUCUCACCCCCAGCCGCCUGAACACCUACGCCCGCCGCAGUCGUAUAACUGCACCCCCGGCUCGCCCACCAUGAUGACAAACAUGCUCAACAAGCUGCACGGCCAGCCCGACAGCUACGACCGCAAGUCUCGAUACCGCUUCGGAAAGACGCUGGGUGCCGGGACAUAUGGUAUCGUCAGGGAGGCCGACUGUCCCGAGGGCAAGGUCGCUGUCAAGAUCAUCUUGAAGAAGAAUGUCCGCGGCAACGAGCAGAUGGUCUACGACGAGCUCGAGAUGCUGCAGCGCAUGAAACACCCACACAUUGUCAAGUUCCACGACUGGUUCGAGUCACGGGACAAGUACUACAUUGUGACGCAGCUGGCGACGGGUGGAGAGCUCUUUGACCGCAUUUGCGAAAAGGGAAAGUUCACGGAAAAGGACGCUGCCGAGACGAUCCGCCAGGUGCUCGAUGCCGUCAACUACCUGCACCAGAACAACGUGGUGCACCGAGAUCUCAAGCCAGAGAACCUUCUCUACCUCACACGCGAAGCCGACUCGUCGCUUGUACUGGCUGAUUUCGGUAUCGCCAAGAUGCUCGACUCGAAGAGCGAGGUGCUGACCACCAUGGCCGGCUCUUUUGGAUAUGCUGCUCCUGAAGUCAUGCUCAAGAAGGGCCACGGAAAGCCCGUCGACAUGUGGUCCAUGGGAGUCAUCACAUACACACUGCUUUGCGGAUACUCGCCGUUCCGGUCAGAGAACCUUGCGGAUCUGAUCGAGGAGUGCAAGAAUGGCCGCGUCAUUUUCCACGAGCGCUACUGGAAGGAAGUGAGCCCUGAAGCCAAGGAGUUUAUCAAAAAGCUGCUGGAGCCCGACCCAGCCAAGCGACCGACGAGCGAGGCUGCCCUCAAGCACGUGUGGCUCAGCGGAAAAACUGCCACCGACCACAACUUGGUGCCAGAGAUCAAGGCAUAUGCCGCAAAGGCCCGUCUCAGGCGCGGCAUCGAACUGGUCAAGCUUGCCAACCGUAUCGAGGCGCUCAAGAUGCAGGAAGACGAGGAGGAAGAGGUGCCUGGAGGAGCCGACAUGCCUGCCAACGCGCGCGAGGCUGCCAGCGAAGCCAUUGCCGGCAACACGGACGAAAAGGGCCUCGCAACAAAAGAGACGACGGGCACAGGCAAGGGACCCGGACGCCUGAGCAGAAUCGCCAAGGGCGCCAUUUUCCGAGAGGUUGUACUUGCAAAGGUCCGAGAGAUGAAGGAGCAGGAAGCGCGAGCAGAAUUUGAGAAGAACGCAACAUUAGCAGAAUCGGCGAAGAAGUAAGCACAUGGCGUUGCUGGACAAGUUUGUCCUUGUUUGUGAGCCGUUGGUACAACAUGUUGGGUUUGCUGCAGUAUUAGCGGAGGGUCUCAUUGUUCCAUGUAUACCCCCUGGGGGCCAGCAGCCAGGAAGCACUACCUAGUAGCCUCUCGAAUGGUCACCUCAGUGUUUGCGGU